CGGUUUGUUGUGGUCGCCAUUUUGCUGGUUGCAUUACUGGGUAAUCGGGGCCCUGGCUCGCCGCGUCCGCCGGAUACCUUCAGCCAGUGGGCAGGUCUGAGCUCGGGCUUCCCGAGCAGCUUGAGUCCCCUUGCCCGCGCCCUCAGGUCUCAGCGGCGGUGGCAGCCGAGGUGCAGGAUGCGAGAAGGCGCCCCCCGGCCGGGCUCCCGCUCCAGGCCUCGCUCCCCUGCGGCCCUCUGAGCCCACCAUGGCCGUCCCACCAGGCCAUGGUCCCUUCUCUGGCUUCCCGGGGCCCCAGGAGCACACGCAGGUAUUGCCUGAUGUGCGGCUGUUGCCACGGAGGCUGCCCCUGGCCUUCCGGGACGCGACCUCAGCCCCGCUGCGCAAGCUCUCCGUGGACCUCAUCAAGACCUACAAGCACAUCAAUGAGGUGUACUAUGCGAAGAAGAAGCGGCGGGCCCAGCAAGCGCCGCCCCAGGACCCGAGCACCAAGAAGGAGAAGAAGGUCCUGAACCAUGGUUAUGACGAUGACAACCACGACUACAUUGUGCGUAGCGGCGAGCGCUGGCUGGAGCGCUACGAGAUUGACUCGCUCAUCGGCAAGGGCUCCUUUGGCCAGGUGGUGAAAGCUUAUGACCAUCAGACCCAGGAGCUGGUGGCCAUCAAGAUCAUCAAGAACAAAAAGGCCUUCCUGAACCAGGCCCAGAUUGAGCUGCGGCUGCUGGAGCUGAUGAACCAGCACGACACAGAGAUGAAGUACUACAUAGUGCACCUGAAGCGGCACUUCAUGUUCCGGAACCACCUGUGCCUGGUGUUCGAGCUGCUUUCCUACAACCUGUACGACCUCCUGCGCAACACACACUUCCGCGGCGUCUCACUGAACCUGACGCGGAAGCUGGCGCAGCAGCUCUGCACGGCGCUGCUCUUCCUGGCCACGCCCGAGCUCAGCAUCAUUCACUGCGACCUCAAGCCCGAGAACAUCCUGCUCUGCAACCCCAAGCGCAGCGCCAUCAAGAUCGUGGACUUCGGCAGCUCCUGCCAGCUUGGCCAGCGGAUCUAUCAGUACAUCCAGAGCCGCUUCUACCGGUCACCUGAGGUGCUCCUGGGCACACCCUACGACCUGGCCAUUGACAUGUGGUCCCUGGGCUGCAUCCUGGUGGAGAUGCACACCGGAGAGCCCCUCUUCAGUGGCUCCAAUGAGGUGGACCAGAUGAACCGGAUUGUGGAGGUGCUGGGUAUCCCACCAGCCCCCAUGCUGGACCAGGCACCCAAGGCUCGCAAGUACUUUGAACGGCUGCCUGGGGGUGGCUGGACCCUACGAAGGACAAAGGAACUCAGGAAGGAUUACCAGGGCCCCGGGACACGGCGGCUGCAGGAGGUGCUGGGCGUGCAGACGGGCGGGCCCGGGGGCCGGCGGGCGGGGGAGCCGGGCCACAGCCCCGCCGACUACCUCCGCUUCCAGGACCUGGUGCUGCGCAUGCUGGAGUAUGAGCCCGCCGCCCGCAUCAGCCCACUGGGGGCUCUGCAGCACAGCUUCUUCCGCCGCACGGCUGAUGAGGCCACCAACACGGGCCCGGCAGGCAGCAGUGCCUCCACCUCGCCCGCACCCCUUGACACCUGUCCCUCCUCCAGCACCGCCAGCUCCAUCUCCAGCUCUGGAGGCUCCAGCGGCUCCUCCAGUGACAACCGGACCUACCGAUACAGCAACCGAUAUUGUGGGGGCCCUGGGCCCCCCGUCACUGACUGUGAGAUGAACAGCCCCCAGGUCCCACCCUCCCAGCCGCUGCGCCCCUGGGCAGGGGGUGAUGUGCCCCACAAGACACAUCAGGCCCCUGCCUCUGCCUCGUCACUGCCGGGGGCCGGGGCCCAGUUACCCCCUCAACCCCGAUGCCUUGGCCGUCCCCCAUCACCAACCUCACCACCACCCCCAGAGCUGAUGGAUGUGAGCCUGGCGGGCGGCCCUCCAGACUGCUCCCCACCUCACCCAGCGCCUGCCCCCCAGCACCCGGCUGCCUCAGCCCUCCGGACUCGGAUGACAGGAGGUCGUCCACCCCUCCCACCCCCUGAUAACCCUGCCACUCUGGGGCCUCGCUUGGGCCUCCGUGGUGUACCCCAGAGCACGGCAGCCAGCUCAUGACCCAGCCCCCUCCCUGGGGCCCCUCCUGAAGCCAUACCCCCCCCAUCUGGGGGCCCUGGGCUCCCAUCCUCAUCUCUCCCCUUGACUGGAAUUGCUGCUACCCAGCUGGGGUGGGUGAGGCCUGCACUGACUGGGGCCUGGGGCAGGGGGUCAAGGAGAGGGGUCUAGGCGCACCCCCCCCCAAGGACUGGACCCUUGGCCCCUCUCCCCCCCUUGUUUUCUAUUUAUUGUACCAAAGACAGUGGUGGUCCGGUGUCUGCAGGGGAGACCCCCUUCACCGUCGGGCCCUAGGAGGGGGUGGGGGCAGGUAGGGGGAGAUGGCCUUGCUCCUCCUUGCUGUACCCCCCAGUAAAGAGCUUUCUCACA